GCGGUUCCCCGGGGCAACGUGGUGUCCCAUACGGGGCUGUGAACACAUGGGUAAGACUCCAGAAGAUGCUUCCCGUCCUGCUGAUCUGCCUCCUGCCGGUGUCCGACGGGAAGAGCUGUCUCCAGUGCUGGCCGGAGCUGCCCGCUCUGCUGGACUAUGAUCUGCAGGUGCUCUGGGGCAACCCAGGGCCACCCACGGAACUCUCACAAGCCCUACACUCCUUUUUCCUGGAGGACAGCACCUUACUCGCGCCCUGGUACCUCGCUCGAGAUCAACUGGAAGAGGAAACGGCUGUGUUCUUCACCCACGUGGACAACGCCAUUAAGAAGCUGAGGGAUGACAAGUCAGCGCUUCUGGAAGAGAUCCGGGUCCAGAAGGGGCUGCUGGCUGAGAAGCUGAAGGACAGGUCCCAGGAGCUGACGCAGAGGGCCUGCAACGACUCCUGUGACAUCCUUUCCCCAACGGAGGUCACUGUGUGUGCUGACUGCCAGCAGCACUUCCUGUCCUGCAAUGACCCUACCUUCUGCACAGUCAAGGUCGUUCAGACCUACAAGUGGGCUGUGAUCCUCAUCAGCGCCCUGACGCUCCUGGCUGUGGCUGGCAUCGGCGGCUACUUUUUCUGGCUCCGAAAGAAGAAGAAGACUGUUGAGAGUGCUCCUGCAGAGCCAGCUCCUCUCUCUGCCCUGCACACUGACAUGAACAGGCCAGCAUGGGAAGAGUCAGAGAGUUACCCCCUUACGGAAGGGAACAGCACUCACAACAACAACCAGAACAGAUGUUGUCUGACCGCUAAGUCGUCUCUGGACUUGGUGACUCUGCCGCGUACAAAGCACUCCUCCCUGGGGCCAGGAGAGCUCUGAGGUUCUGCAGUUCUGCAGACAAGCCCCCCUCCCCCUGCCUUCCUCCCUCCCCCUCCUUCCCUUCCUCCUUCCCUCCCUCUCAUCCUCCCUCCCCCUCCCUCCCUGCCUUCCUCCCUUCCUCUCUCCCUUCCUCCCUCUCUCCCUUCUUCCCUCCCUCCCUCCCUCCAAACACAUAUCAUUUUGUACAAUAGUUCUUUCAUUAAAAACAUUUCUUCCUGGUU